UCUCGGCUAGGUACCGCUGCAAUGGGUCCAAAAUGCUCCAGUGAUCUGAUUUCAGCGGCAUAUAUAUAGUAGGUGUAGUUUAUCAAAUAAUCAUCAGUCAGAAGUGCUUCGAAGGUGUCGACUGGUGUGUGGGUUGCAGUUUUUCACAGGAGCCAUGAAGUUGCUAGUUAUCUUUAGUGUGUGCCUGGUGGCGGUGUUGGUGUCUGCAACUCCCGAACCGGAACCGGCGGCAGCUCCAGGAGCCCCGAAGAAACGUGCCAUCCUCGGAGGAUACGGACUGGGAGGAUAUGGAUUAGGAGGCUAUGGACUAGGUGGGCUAGGUGGAAUUGGACUAGGAGGAUAUGGACUGGGAGGAGUGGUAGGGCCAGCCAUUGGACCAGCUAUCGGUCCUGCUAUAGGUCCUGCCAUUGGACCGGCGAUUGCAGCUCCAGGUCCACUGAUAGGUCCAGCCCUAGCAGCCCCAGCAGUCAAUCUAGCGCCAACCAUCACCAGACACACCCAUACCCAGUCGACGGUGAAUCAGCCGGUCCCCGUUCCGGUGCCAACUCCGGUUGCCGUUCCAGUUACACGACAUGUUGCAGUACCUGUGCAGGUUCCAGUACCGGUGACCGUUGAUAGGCCCGUACCACAUCCAGUUGCCGUGCCAGUUCCAGUGCCCAGGCCAUACCCUGUCCAUGUUCCGGUAGACAGGCCAGUGGCCGUCCCGGUGCCACAGCCAUAUCCAGUUACUGUUACCAGAACCGUCCCGGUGACAGUGCCCCAGCCCGUGCCAGUUCCCCAACCGUACCCAGUGCCGCAACCAAUCCCGGUACCGCAGCCAGUGCCCGUCCACGUCCCUGCUCCAGCGCCGGCCAUCGCCAUCGCUCCGGCCCCCAUUCUGCCCUCGUAUGGUCCGGCGAUAGCGGCCGGCCCCUCGCUUGGACCCAUCAUCGGUGGCGGUGGCCUCAUUGGCAGUGGCAUCAUCUCCGGUGGCGUGCUCAGCUCCGGCGGACCAAUUAUCAGCGGUGGUUCGAUCUACGGCCACGGCGGCCACCUGGGACUGGGACUCGGUCUGAAGAAGUACUUCGGCUGAUUCAGAGCAACGAGUUUCAUCAAAUUACAAAAUAGUCACUUAAUUGUAGGUGUUUUUAUUUCUCUAGAUCUUUACGUAAGACACGAACAGUCAAGAAGAGGUGGGGAUCGAAGAUUGCAACUUCGAUCCGAUCCGAAAACUAGGUCUUAAGCGUUCUGUUUUUGGACAGACAUUUACCCUUUUUAGAAGCUAAAUAACGCAUAAAAUUGCGCGCGCGCGAGUGAGAACGAAAUCGAACGAAUCGAGCAAAGGAAUGACACGGCAACUCUCUCUGCAUGGGAGUCCGUCCGACGAUGGCAGGUAUAUUAUAGCAAGUACUGUGCACAGAGCAUAAUGCAAUCAAUAAAUGCACCACCACCAUACAACGAGCAAAGUGUCACCACGAGUGGCAGCGGCGGCGGCGGAGAUUGAAAAUGGAAA